AUGUAGUUUCAUUUGUCCAACAGUUAUUAUUUAUAACCAACUAUAUUAAUGAAAUUUCUAUUUUAAAUCAGUGCUGAUAUUUUAAUAGUAGUCUUGCUUUAUACUAAUAUAGAUGGUUAACGAAUAGCUACAGAUAUUAUAACAAUAAUGAUUAUUUACCAUUUCAAAUUAUAAUUUCAAUGA